CCCAUUUCCUUCGACAGAGCUCUAGGUUGCUUCUGAUUGUGUACAUACAUACAAGAAUAUACCUCUACAUUCAUUUGAUCUUUUCCUGCGACCCGUCAUCGUUUCGAGUGCUGAGUAACUAGCAGGCAGCAUUUUGCGGAUUCUCAUUUGCGCCAGCACCCCACUUUUCUCAACACUGCCCAACUCUCGUCAUCACAGCGGCUGUUGAGGCGAAGAUAUCGGCUUGCUCACCUUAUCCAAUCCGUUCCCAGGGCCAUUCCUGAGGUUAUCCCGGACAAGAAAUAGUCAACAUGGCUGAUAUCCAACGUCGGCUUCAGGCCCUCUCUGAGGACUACGCCAAGCUACAAAAAGAUCUCCAAGACACAGUAACGUCUCGGCAAAAGCUGGAGGCUCAGAUGCAGGAGAAUUUGGGCGUACAACAGGUUCGUGUCCCACCAUGGAGAUCGGCCAGGAUGACAUUGACAACAGAACAGGAAUUCGAGAAGCUCAAAGACGGCGAGACCAUCUACAAGCUCAUCGGGCCAGUGCUCUUGAAGCAGGACAGGACAGAUGCGGAGAGCACGGUGAAGGGGCGGUUGGAGUUUAUUGAAAAGGAAAUCACGAGACUGGAAGGCCACAUCAAGGAGACGCAGGCCAAGAUGGAGAAGAAGAAGACCGAGAUCAUUCAGGUUCAAACCAGUGCUCAGGCUGCCGUUGGUGCUGGCCCUCAGGCUGUCAAGGGGCGCGCUUAAACUUGUGAGAAUAAAAAUACCGUGUUUCUUGCAAUAGUUGUUUUUGGUUGUGUAUGACCACAGUGCAAUUUUGACGAGUAUAAACGGUCCAGCCAUUUCCCCCAAAGCAACCCGAUCUAUCCAAACCCAGAAUGGAGAUUUGUUAAUGUUACAGUCCACCAAAAGAUAUUACAAAAGACAUAAUCCUCCCCUUCCUUCACACCCUCCCGGUCAUGAUCUCUAGUUCAAAGCCAUAAUGGUAAACCCCCACGGCAAGCCCAUAUUCCCAUACGGCCUGCUCCCCAUCUCCCAGUCAACCUUCUCAUUCGUCACCACCUGCUCAAUCUCAACCUCAUUCACCACCUCUUCUUUUUCUUGCUCGUCAAUAACCCCCACAAUAAACUCCACCACCGCCUCAACGGUAUAACACUCCCCCAACAAACCCCCUUCCUCGAUCCUUUCCAGCACACUUCUCUUUUGCUUGCUCUGCUCAAACAACCUCAGCUCUCUAUCCACCACGCCAGCAGUGAUGUCCCCAUGUUUGCAGAGGUGCUCAAAGAUGAGAACUAGCCCGGUGACGGCCUGGAUAUAAAGAAUGGUUUUGGCCUGGUCGUCAAGGCCGGAGAGGAGGGCGCCUGUUGUGUCGAAGAGGAUGGGGAGGGUUUCCUCUGGGAGGAUGGCGG